CAAAACACAGAGGGAGGGAAAGAUAAGAAAGAAACUCUGUACUCCACUCGAAUGACUGAACGAGUAUAGAUAAGGCUCCCUUCCUCCUCCUCACCGCCGCCACCACCGUUACGGCCAACGCCGCCCCUCCAUUAUCUAUGGUAGCAUCACUCUUCUCCCCGGCAGCCUCCACUCAUUUCCUACCUCAAGUUUUCGUCUUCCAUCCAAAAUCCAUUCCCUUUCCACUACUCAAACCCCGCCAUCGAUUCAUCCCCUCCAAUUUUUCUGCGUCCUCAACCGCCUCAAAUGACAACAGGAAAACCUCUACGGUAUCUAGCUCAAUUAACCGAAACCGCCCACGAACUCUGUUUCCAGGCGGCUACAAGCGACCUGAGAUCAAGGUCCCGAAUCUCGUGCUCAGGUUGAGCUCUGAGGAGGUUUUAAGGGACAGUGGUAAUGUUCUUGACGUAAUUGACAACGCAGUCUCGGAUAGAGUUGGAAUUGUGGUGCUCAAUGGCGAAGGAGCAAGUGGCAAAAAGCUAUACGAAGCUGCUUGUUUACUGAAGUCGGUAAUCAGGGACCGCUCAUACUUGUUAAUUGAUGAACGCGUUGACAUCGCAGCUGCUGUUAAUGCCAGUGGAGUAUUGCUUUCUGAUCAAGGUCUCCCUAGUAUUGUUGCAAGGAAUACAAUGAUGGGUUCAAAUACUGAGUCAAUAGUUCUUCCUUUGGUGGCAAGAAAUGUCCAAACUUCAGAUGCUGCAUUAGAUGCGUCUAAUUCCGAAGGCGCUGAUUUUCUCAUUUAUAGUGUUAAAGGUGGUAGUCAUUCUGAGGGACUGGUGAACUCUGUACUUGGGAGUGUAAAAAUUCCAAUUUUUAUCACAGUCGAUUCACUCCAAGAUGAGUUUGAAAAAGUUUUGGAUUUACUAAGAUUAGGAGCCAGUGGCAUAGUGGUUUCAGUGGAUGAGUUGAAGAUGUUCAGAUAUGAUGACUUGAAAAAGCUGUUUCAUGGUGACUAUGCAUCAAAUAAGAAAGCAGAGGAAAGAAGUCAUAGUUCCGAUAAGCUCAGAACUUUGGAUACUGAUAAUGGAUUUCCUGGUAAGAAAGGGAAGGCUGGCUUUACGAAAUUGGAUGAGAAGGAACAACAGUUCAUAGAAAAAGAGAGAGCAACUUUGCUUGAAGCUAUAGAUGCCAUCCACAGAGCUGCACCACUGAUGGGGGAAAUCUCACUUCUCAGAGAUGCUGUUUCUCAACUUGACGAGCCAUUUUUACUGGUUAUAGUGGGAGAGUUCAAUUCUGGCAAAUCAAGUGUCAUUAAUGCUUUUCUGGGGCAAAGAUACUUGAAGGAUGGAGUUGUUCCUACAACUAAUGAGAUUACCUUUCUACGCUAUUCUGAGCUGGAUUAUAAUGUUCAGCAUUGUGAAAGGCAUCCUGAUGGUCAAUAUAUAUGCUAUUUACCUGCUCCAGUUCUUAAAGAAAUGAUAAUUGCUGAUACACCUGGAACAAAUGUGAUUCUUCAAAGGCAACAACGCCUCACAGAGGAAUUUGUGCCUCGUGCAGAUUUAAUUCUUUUUGUUAUCUCUGCCGAUAGGCCAUUGACUGAAAGUGAGGUUACUUUUCUUCGCUACAUUCAACAAUGGAAGAAAAAAGUUGUGUUUGUGCUGAAUAAGUCUGACCUUUUUCAAAAUGCGGAAGAGCUUAAGGAGGCUAUUACGUUUAUCAAAGAAAAUGCAAAAAAGGUGCUAAAUACUGAACAGGUGAUGCUUUUCCCUGUAUCAGCAAGAAGUGCUCUUGAAGCAAAGCUCUCUGCUCCUUCUAGUGGUCUGGGACAGUAUGAACAAGAACAAUCUUUGAAUGCAUCAUAUCAGGGAGCCAUUGACUUCUCUGAUCUUGAAAAGUACUUGUACAGCUUUUUAGAUGGGUCAACAAGUACAGGGAUUGAGAGGAUGAAGCUUAAGCUUGAAACACCAGUUAAGAUUGCGGAACAGCUUCUUUCUGCUUCUCAGAAGCAUAUCAGUGAAGAGUGCCAGCAAGCGAGAGAAGACUUGGUGUUGGUGAAUGAUCUUAUAAGUAGCAUGAAAGAUUUUGUAUGGAAAAUGGAAAGCGAGAGCAUUUCUUGGAAGAGACAAAUUUUGUCUCUGAUUAAUAACACUCAAGCACGUGUCAUCAAUCUCGCGGAAUCAACCCUGCAACUAUCAAAUCUUGACCUUGUGACUUCUUAUGUUUUUAAGGGAGAUAAAUCUGCCCCAAUGCCAUUGACCUCAAGUCUUAGGAAUGACACAAUUGACCCUGCCAUUUCAGAAGCAAAAAAAUUACUUGGGGAAUAUAGAACAUGGCUGCAAUCAAACAAUGCUUGUCAAGGAAGUUUGUAUAAAGAAUCUUUUGAGAAAAGAUGGCCUUCCUUCAUUGUUCCAUCAUUACAGUCUCAGUUUGAGGCCAGUGAGUUGCUGAAAACAAAACAUGAAGUGGGCAUAAAAGUCAUUGAGGAUUUCAGUGCUGCAGCUGCUUCUAAAUUGUUCGAGCAAGAAAUACGUGAAGUGUUUGUGGGGACUUUUGGUGGACUGGGAGCUGCAGGUCUCUCUGCAUCACUUCUGACAUCUAUUUUGCCAACCACUUUAGAAGAUCUUCUUGCUUUAGGACUUUGCUCUGCUGGCGGGCUAUUGGCAAUCUCAAAUUUCCCCGCCCGUAGGCAAAAGGUGAUAGAUAAAGUGAGACGAACUGCUGAUGCCUUGGCGCGUCAACUUGAAGAGGCGAUGCAAAAGGAGUUAUCGGAGACCACUGAAAAUCUAAACAAGUUUGCAGAACUUGUAGGCAAACCAUAUAAAGAUAUGGCACAGAAUCGAGUCGAUAAGCUUUCCAACACUCUCGACGAGUUAACCACUAUUGAGGAAAAACUCAAAAAAUUGCAAAUCGAAAUCCAAAAUCUUCAUGUAUCAAGGUAGCGAUGAACCUUUAUCUUCCCAUACCAAGGGAAGUCCAAUGUUGUAGCAUUGAUUUUGUGUGAUGAAGGAUUCUCUGCUGCAAUUAAUAAAAUGUUUUAAAAUUAUUUUUUUUU